GGUCGGCCGGGGAAAGCUCCAAACAAAAGCUUGAUCUUCAACAAAACAUACGAAAGAGUCCGGUUAAAGAACUCCGCACCACGACGUAACAAAGCAAUUGACGACAUUCUCGAUCGACAUUCUAUUUUCAUACUAUCAAUCACGAUACUGCGAAUUCGAAACAUAAUAUUAUAGACACAAUGGCAUCGCGCAUCUUAUCACCAGCAAGCCAAAUGCUUCGCGCACCAGCAAUGGGAGCCGCCAGAGGUUUCUCAAUGAGUGCGAGGAGAGCGGCUCAAAUUACGGAAACUCCUUUGCCAGUUAGGAAACCAGUCGGUGCUUUUAGAGGAGGAUUGACUGGCUUCUUACUCGGAUCAACAUUAGCCGGUGCCGGAGUUUACUAUUACAUUCUCGAAGAAUACAAGGUCAGCAAUGAGUUGUUGACAGAGGAUAUCUAUAGUCUGCAAAAUUCAGUACAGAGAGUUCACACAUAUGUCCAAUCGCUAGAGGAAAAGCUUGCAGAUUUGGAGAAGAAGAAGAAAUAAGUCAGGAAGGGACGCCAGUAGAUGAGAUGGGAUUGGAAAGGCGAUUUCUAGAAAAGGGCAUAGUGUGGGAAAGGAAGCUAGGAAGAGAAUGCCAGCGGAAGGAGAUUGUGUAUAAUAUCCGAAAUGCGAUGCGAUGAGUUGAUUUGGUGAAUAUCUUUGCGAGCAGCGAGCAUAAUGCUAGGUUUAUAGGAAAUAAGAAACAUCUCCAAGAACCUCAUAAUGAUUUUAUGUGGUAGGGUGUGUGCGGACUUGAAGAAGCUUCUUUGGAGCAAUGUAAAGUUUUGGGUUGUAAUGCUGAGAUAUAUCCUUGACGGGACUGCAUCAACACAGCUUCAGUAAUUUUGUCUAUAUCCA